UCUGGGUGCACUUGUGAUGACGAUGGCACUGGUACUGUACUGGUGAGUAGUAGUAUGGCAGUUGGGCAAACUGAUCUGGGUGCACUUGUGAUGACGAUGGCACUGGUACUGUACUGGUGAGUAGUACGGCAGUUAGGCAAACUGUAAGUAUAAGCUGGUGGAAAACCACUUGUCAGCUCCCUGUGUGUCUUUGUGGUGUAGUGAUGACCAUUAUAACCCCAGCUCGCUUUGACUGUCUUCUACGAGAAGGCAGGCUGAAGAUUGGUACACGUUCCAAAUCUCAGUCUGAAUGCCACACCCUCCAGUCUUCCCCUAUUAUA